CCAAGACGUGCCCCAGCAGACACAUCCUGUCCCCUCUCAGUGCAGACUCUGUCUUUCCACCCACUGGCCCCGGGCGGGUGCAGGCCACAGGGGUCUGGACAUGUGUCCCCAUUCCACCACCUUCCUGGCCCUCGCGCUCUGCCUGGGCCCGGGCCUCCACGCUCAGAAAGGGUCCCUGCCCCCACCCCUCAUCCACGCCGAGCCCGGCCCUGAGGUCCCUCUGGGGCAGCGCGUGACCAUCGUGUGCCGCAGCCUCGCCGCCUACGAGGUAUUCCGCCUGGAGAAGGAGGGCGGGGUCUUCCAGCAGGAUGUGCACCAGAGAUCACCCCGGAACACAGAGGCCAGAUUCCGCAUCGCCGCGGGCACAGGUGCCGGCGGGCGUUACCAGUGCCUCUAUCACGUAGGCGACACCUGGUCUGACCGCAGUGAGACGCUAGCGCUCGUGGUGACAGACACUCCUGGGGACGUGGGCUGCUCCCCACCACGGACCUGCAACCCAACCGACGGAAGAUCCACCCCGCGGGGAUCAGGGGAUCCCAGUCCCGUGCUCCAGGCCUCUGACCACAUGCUGGCUUCCUCCUGCCCAGGAGACACACGGACGUAUGAGGACGACAGUAAGAGCCCAGACCUGUCGACAGAGCAUGUCUAUAUUCUCGUUGGGGUCUCGGUGGCCUUGUUCCUUUGCCUCCUCCUCCUGGCUCUUGCCCUCCUCCAUUGCCAGCGUCGGAAAAAACGCAAGCUCCCCAGCAGCCAAGAUGAGGAGCAGAGGCCCCAGGAAAGGGUCAGCCCAGCGGUUGACAUCUUCGAGAGGACACCAGAUCCGGCAACAGUUGACAGACUUCCUGAGAAGGACAGGGCAGCGCCCAGCUCAACCCCUCCUGCAGGAAGCCCCCAGGACGUGACGUACGCUCAGCUGGACCACCGGGUCCUCACACAGAGGACAGCCCGGGGCGCGUCCCCACUGUCCACGGAGCCCACGGCCGAGUCCAGCACAUACGCAUCCCUGGCCAGACGCUGACUUCAGGCACACCUGGCCUCGGCUCCGAGACGCGGAAGGCACCCUGCCAAACCGUGACGUGGCCGCUGGGGGCUUCCCUACGGGAUCAUCUUUUCUGAAAAGCCAUACAGUGAGCUCUCCUGGAGGCGGGAGCUGGACUCGGGGGGUCCCUAACCAACGUCCAGGAGAUUCAUUACCCACGUGGUCCCUCUGGAAACCCACUAGGUGCUUGGAGAGAGCGUGUACCACUUAAUUUCCAAACACCCAGGGCUACAGAGGUUUCCAGAGACUCCGCUGUGGUCCCACAGUCACCCAGAUGAUUCCAGAUGUGUCCUGUGGGUCCCCAACGGCCCCAGAGGCUCUGUUUUAACUGUCCCCUUAGCUGGCCCUAAAGACCUUCCAGAGCUCAGUAGCGGACCCUGGACCCGGGCUGCACCUGGGCUGCACCUGGGCAUCUGAGAGCUGAGACCCAGUUUCCUGGAUUAUGCUUCGUUUUGCUCAUCAAUAAAUGAUUUCACAGGCCCAGCCUGCAGCAGCCUUGCAUGUGGAGCCAGGGCCUGUGGGUAA